AUGGACUUUCGGAGAAGAUCGGCUGGAAAAUCCAGAAAAGAUAAAAUACCAAAUGAAACCAUAAGACGCCAAAUGGGACUAAAACACGAUAUCGUAUAUGACAUUAGAACUCAGCAAUUAAUAUGGUAUGGACACGUGAAAAGAAUGGAAGAACAUCGAAUCCCAAAGAAAAUAUUAAUUUGGAACCCUCAAGGUAGAAGAAAAAGAGGAAGACCAUGCAAGAGCUGGAGAGAGGGUAUUGAUAAAGAAGUUUUGUACAGAGGUUUGGAAGUAGAUGGAUGGGGAAAUAGAGAGAGGUGGAGAUUAGGAAUCGGAAGACGGGAAACGUUGUAA